CUUCACGUUCUUGCGCAGCACCAGGUCGUCCGUCUCGAACAUCAGCACCUCUGGCCGGGGCGGGAGAGGGGAGAGGAGGGUAGGCAGCCUGAGAUCCCCGCCGACCUGCCCGGAGCAAGCAAGCGGAACAGGAUGGGUCCAGGAGCAAGAAGCAGUCUGUUCUGCUUCCCAUCCACGCCUCUCACCUCCAGUAACCACCAGGCACCCCAGACUCAACUCCCAGCCCACACACAACCAGGCUGGGGCGUGAAGACCCCCUUGUGGAAGAAGGAGCUGGAGCAGCCCGGGACCAGGGAGGCGGAGGCGGAGGCGGAGGCCGCGGAGGAGGGGUCGGAGGAGGACGAGGAGGAGGAGGACGAGGAGAGGCCGCCGGAGGAGCGCGCGGCCGAGGGCGACGCGGAGGGCGGGGAGGCGGAGGGCGGCGAGGGCCGGGAGCGGGGCUCCGUGUCUUACUAUCCGCUGCGCCAGGAGUCCAGCACCCAGCAGGUGGCGCUGCUGCGGCGCGCGGACAGCGGCUUCUGGGGCUGGUUCAGCCCCUUCGCACUGCUCGGCGGCCUGGCCGCUCCAGCCAACAGGAAGCGGAUCCCCCCGGAGGAGCCGUGCGUGCUGGAGACGCGGCGGCGGCGGCGGCUGCGCGGCGGGGGCUGCGCGCGCUGCGAGAUCCUUUUCUGCAAGAAGUGCGGGAACCUGCACAGCUCGCCGAACUACGUGGCGCACUGCGUUCUGGAGCACCCGGAUCUGCGGGAGGCGCGGGCUUCUGGAGGCGCAGGGGCUGCCGUGGGCCUUUGAGCGCCCCCCAAUCCCCGGCCUCUGUGGCCCUCCAU